CACCAUUAUUAGGCUUUUACAUGAAUGACUUUCUCCUAAAUUUCCAAUAUUAUUACCAAUUUGGGGUUUUCUGAUAAUUAAUUUGCAAUGUGACAAACUUUGGCUUAAUCAAAAGGACCAUUUAUUUGUUUUUAGGUCGAUUUUCGUUGUGUUCUAUUUAAUUUUGUUUUUAUUUAUCCUCCGUUUACGUUGUGUUUGUUUUAUUGCAAUUAAGCUUGCUGGCGGAAAUCAAGAAUUUGUUCAAAGAAUGGGAUAGGUUUCGAACGGAGCAUUAGUCUUAUUGAUGGAAACAAGAAGUCGAAUACAAUCAUUAUUGAAAUAAUGAAAAUUUCUAUGCCCACAAGUAUUACCACAGUGGACACACUAAUUGAUUGUCAAAUCUUUUACUCUGAGGUUUGGUGGAAGAAGCAAGCGGGUCUCUUUUUGUUGCUUUAAGUCUUGAAUCAAUUUUUUUUUCCUUCCUUUAGAGCACCAUUAUCAAACCUCUAAUUAUUAGCUGAAACAGAACAAAGUUGGAACUAGUGUAUAAAAAGACUCCAAAACUACCAAGUCAAACCAACCACAUAGAGUGUUUUUUCACCUAGUAGUUCCCUCCAAAGCUGAUCUUCUCUCCUGGCCUUUUCUGCUUUCUUCUUCCCCAAAUGGAUCUCCAAAGCCUCCUCAUAUCCAGAAAUAUGUUUCACAAUGUUCCUAUCAUUGCCUUCUUCUUCUUUACCACCUCAUUGGUUGAAUCUCUAUCCGUGAACUCAAAAUACAGUGCUUGUGGGCCUCAAAACUGCGGUAAUGGACCGAAUAUAAGCUACCCUUUUUGGAUUCCUCAGCAACAAGAAUCAAACUGUGGCUCCCCAGGAUUCAAUGUCACUUGUAAAGGCAAUUAUCCGACCCGCAUAUUUUCUGAUGAUGAUUACAUCAUCAAGGAUAUAUUUUACACUAACAACUCGCUUCUGUUAGUGAAAGCUGAGUUCUAUGAUGGGGAUAAUGAAUGCCCACUCCCUAAGCGCAAUUUUAGCAUAGAAAAGACUCCUUUUAACUAUGGUCCUGCCACCAUGAAUCUCUCCUUCUUCUAUAAUUGCACCGUGCCCUAUGAAAAUGCGACGUAUGCAGUUGAUUGUGGCAGCAACGCUACUCAUCACGCUUUUGCUGUUUUCCAUGCUGAUCUCUUGAGGUACCGGAAUUAUUCAGCAGAGUCAUGCCAAGAUUAUGUUAAUGCACCUGUGGAGACUGAUGAUCUUAGCAGACUGUUGGAUAUAAAUUUCACUGGUAUUUUGAAGAAGGGGUUUGUUUUGCAAUGGGAUGCAGUUGAUUGUAGGAACUGCCGGAGCAGUGGUGGGAGUUGUGAUUCUGACAAUAAGAAAUUCACCUGUAACCAUGAUAAGGGAUUGAAUUUAGGACUGAAGAUUGGCAUAGGUUUUGGUGCAGCGACAAUCAGUGCCCUUUUCAUGUGCCUUCUUUUCUUGAUCUAUCAGCGUCGAAACAAGAAACGUUAUGCUGCUGCCUCAUUUAACUCUCGAGACAUUUCUUUGCAUCCCUCUUCGAUUACUGAUCUUGAAAAGGAUGGUAACUAUUUUGGGGUACACAUUUUCACCUAUAGAGAACUAGAAGAAGCCACUAACAAUUUCGAUUCUAAAAAAGAACUCGGAGAUGGGGGCUUUGGGACAGUUUACCAAGGCAAACUCCGAGAUGGGCGUGCUGUUGCUGUUAAGCGAUUGUACGAGAACAAUUACAAAACUGUAGGGCAGUUCAUGAAUGAGGUUGAGAUCCUCACACGUUUGCGCCAUCAAAAUCUGGUCACCCUCUAUGGCUGCACUUCACGCCACUGUCACGAACUUCUACUUGCAUACGAAUAUAUUC